GUCAAGGGUAAAGUUGCCACAAAGAAAAUCUUACCUUCCUAUGUUAGAACACCCUUCCUCCCCUUCGUUUUACGCUAAAAUCACAGUCUCAUUGACUGCCAAGACCAUCGCACUGAGCAUUCUCUCUUCGUUCUCGGAAUGGCCAGAAGUCUAGGAGGAUUUCUGGUGCUAAUCCUAGCGGUAUCGCUAUGCGAAGCUGCUUCGAUUUUUGAACCGAUCUCUGAUUCUCAUCGCUCUGCCGCUCUCGAGCUUUUUACUCCAAUCGACGGAUCAUUUGGCAGCUUGGAGAAGACAUAUGAGGCACUUAGAACAUUUGAUAUUCUUGGAAUCAAGAAGUCUGACGUUAGCACCCAAACUUGUGGUUCUGUGUCUGAAACUCUUGCGUCACCAUCUUCAACUCUCAUGGAUCUGUUUGAAGCGUUAAAGGUCAAUGGCAUUCUAAAAUGCAAGAUUAAUGAGGAAAUCUUUGAGGGUGUCAUCUCACGACUUCAAGCUGCUGUAAAUGAUGCCAAUUCAUUGCUUGAAUUUCACCAUUCAGUAGGAAGCUUGGUGCUUAUCAAGGGUCAAAGUUCUAAAACUGAUUUACAACUUGGUGAUGCUGAAGGAAUUUUCCGUUCCAUCAAGGUUGGUUCCGAGAUUAACUUCAUUAUUUCUGAAUUAAAUCUUCAUAUUAAACCUUCCUGAUCAUACUCGAUAAGGUAAAACCCUCAGUCAG